GAUUAUCAUUGGAAUAGACACAUAAAGCGUACAGAGACCUCCAGUAGUUUCAACCACUCUCCGAUCAACAUGUCCCGUUUGAGUUUCGCUGAGGUAAAGCAGUUCGAGGAUGCGACGAACGACUUUGACAUAAUUAAAGAUAUCAUCGAUAACGAAAGCCAAGAGGAACCGUUCUACAUUCUGGAUGUCAAUGAUUUGAUGCGAAAGCACCUGGAUUGGAUCAGCAAAAUGCCGAGGGUGACUCCACAUUAUGCCGUCAAGUGUAAUCCACAUCCCAUGGUGGUCAAAGUCCUAGCAGCCAUGAACGCCAGUUUCGAUUGCGCGACCGAGCAAGAGAUCAGGCAGGUGAUGAAGCACGGAGUGAUCGCGGACCGAAUUAUCUUCGCGAACCCGACCAAGUGUCCCUCUCACAUCAAGUUUGCCAAGAAAAUGAACGUCGAGAAGAUGACCGUCGACAGCGAGAUAGAACUGCUGAAGAUCAACGACCUUUUUCCGGAGGCGAAGAUAGUGAUUCGUAUCCGUUGCGAUGCCGCGGUCACGCUGAUACCUCUCGGCGCGAAAUUCGGCUGCGACCCGGGCGAAGAGGCCGUACAAUUAAUGCACUUGACGAAGAGCCUCGGAUUAAACUUGCACGGCUUCAGCUUCCACGUCGGCAGCCCCUGUGGCGAACUAAAAGCCUACAGCAGAGGUAUCGCGAUGUGCAAAAGACUGAUCGCCAUCGCCAAAUCGAUUGGCUUCAAUGACGUUCAGUUGAUCGACAUCGGAGGCGGUUUUCCUGGCGACACUGGAUAUUGCAUCGACAAACUCGCCAAAAUCAUCAACAAUGCGAUUGUCGAUAUUGAUCCCAGCAUUUCGAUCAUCAGCGAACCGGGACAGUAUUAUGUGACUUCGGCUUUUACACUGGCGUCCUAUUUGCAUACGAAGAAAAUUAUUCCUAAGGGAGACAAAACGGUUAUGAUGUACUAUAUGAACUGUGGGGUGUAUAAUUCUUUCAUUGAGGAGUUACUGAAUUUUAGGGCGAGAAUACCUAUUCCGUUGCACAAGCCAACAAGUGACGAGCUAUUCACGUCUUUCGUUUGGGGACCAACAUGCGACUCCUUGGAUUGUAUUUUGAAGAAUGUAUUGUUACCAGAACUUCAUAUCGGUGACUGGUUGGUUUGGAGAGACAUGGGGGCGUACAGUAUACCCCUCUGUUGUCCAUUUAAUGGUUUCGAAGUGCCCAAAGUUUACCCCGUCAUAAGAAAGAGUCAAUGGGAAGCAUUCAGCGCAUACAUCAACGCAAUGCAAAAAUCACAGAAGACUAUUUGCUGGAAGAACGGAAUAGAGAACGCAUUUAUUAAAACUAGCUGAUAAUGAUAUCAGUGCACAGUAUCGUACUUAUUUCUUGUAACGUUAGAUAAUGGAUCUAAGUUUACUUACGAAGUUAUUUAUAGCUUUACAAUGUUCAUCUAUAUCUCAUGUUGCAAUAUCCUAAACCAGAAAUGUUCAGGGUCCUUACUGAGUUUAUAUACCUUUGUAUCAAAAGUUUAGUAUUAAUUGUUUUAAAUUAAUGAUAAAUGCUGAAUUAUUUACAUUUAACGUGACAAUCACACGUGUGUGCGUACGAGUUUUAUAAACAGAAAGUA